UGCCCUACUGCCGGCUGGGCAAAGGUCCUGCUCCGACCUCUGUCCCCGGCCCCACCCGCGCCCGGCCAUGGAGCUGCCGGGGGCCCUGAGCCCCCCGUGGUGGCUCCUGCUGCUCCUGCCCUCGGGGCUGCUGCUCUGGGCCAGGCGCAGACCCCCCUGGGACCCCCGCAAGUGUCCCACCGACCUGACGGGCAAGACGGUGAUUGUCACCGGAGCCAACAGCGGCAUCGGCAAGUGCGUGGCCAUGGACCUGGCGCGCCGGAACGCCCGCACCAUCCUGGCGUGCCGGAGCCGGGAGCGGGGCCAGGCGGCGGUGGAGGAGAUCCGGGCGGCCACCGGGAACCCGGCGGUGGUGCUGCGACUGCUGGACACGGGCUCGCUGGCCUCGGUGCGCGCCUUCACCCGCGCCGUGCUGCAGGAGGAGCCGCGGCUCGACGUGCUGGUCAACAACGCCGGUGUCACCGGGCUGCCCUUCACCAUCACUUCCGAGCGGCUGGAGCAAACCUUCACCAUUAACUACCUGGGCCCGUUCCUGCUCACCAACCUGCUGCUGGACCUGCUGAAGGCCUCGGCGCCCUCGCGGGUGGUCAAUGUCUCGUCGUUCCGGCACAGCGUGGGCACGGCUGACAGCAGGUUCCUCACGGGGCAGCGGCACCCGGGUGGGUACGACGCUGCCUACAGCAGCACCAAGCUGAUGAAUCUGCUCUUCACCGUGGAGCUGGCGCGGCGUCUGCGCGGCACAGGGGUGACGGCCAACGCGCUGAGCCCCGGCGUGGUGAGCACCAGCAUCAUGCGCCACUUCAGCUGGGCCGUGCGGGCGCUCUUCGUGCUCCUGCGCCCCUUCAUGAAGUCGGCCGAGCAGGGCGCUGCCAGCACCAUCUUCUGCGCCGUGUCGGAGGAGGCCGAGGGCAUCAGUGGGAAGUACUUCGACAGCUCGUGCCGGCUGGCGCUGCCCUCGGCGCCCGCCCGCGACGCCGCGCUGGCACGGAAGCUCUGGGAGGCGUCGGAGCAGCUGACGGGGCUCACGGAGGGACCCCGGGGCUGAGCCCUCGGGACGUGGCCACACAGGGAGACCCUCAGGGUGGGGAGGGAGACAGGAUCACCCCUCUGGUUGCCGUGUCCCCCCCGUGCCACCCAAGGGAUGACACAGCACCAGCCAGGUGGGACUGUGACCCUUUAUUAAAGCCCCCAGUGCCGUCACUCCCA